AUGGCAAGUCAUCUUGCUAAAGAAAGGAAACGUGCCGCCGAUCGCGAAGCUCAGCGACAAAACCGAGCCCGAACAAAGGCCUACAUCACGCAUCUGGAAAAAACAGUCCAAGACCUUUCAGGACAAGGGCAAGACCAACUGGGCCAGCGGUUGAUUGGACAGCAAGAAAGAAUCAGCCAAUUGGAAGAAACACUGCAGAAGAUAGAUCAUUUGAUUCAUGGGAAUGGUGCGACAGAUUCCCAUCUGCUAUCGUCUGGCUCUAGUCAAACACGCGGGGUUGAUAUCGUCACCGAACAAGCUUCUGCCCAGCCGCCCCCAAAUGACUUCUUUGGGAUAGACCUCGUCUGCUCUGAUCGCGAGAGGAAUUUCCUUGAAGUAAUAGGAAGCGCAUUUACCAUGGUCCAAGGCUGUUCCUCGUUGGUCUUAGGGCCGCUGGCUGCGAUGCCCGCCUGCGAUGAUGACUUUUGCAUACGCGCCGUUGUAGACGGCUGGAAGUCCGUAACGACCAAGUACCAUGCUGAUGUGGUCUGGAGGCUUCUCCAAGCGGUCGAUGAGGGACUAUUCUAUCGCAGCAGUCCCGUCACGAGAAUUGCUUUGCUGCGCAUUAUGAGGGCCAUGCUACUGCAACGAAUGGAUGUUCUUCGUGAGCCUUGUGGGAUUCCAGAUUACAUGCUGGCCAGUCCCAUUCAAAAUGGCACUCUCCACCAACCAUUCCUAGACUUUGUCCCAUGGCCUCAUGUUCGAGACCACUGGAUUCAAAGCGGAAUCGGAUACGGAUCAGAAAGCUGCGCAGCCUUGUUUGCCACCAGGUUUCGCUUCCAGUGGCCGUUUGACCUACGAGAUGUUUUUCGGAGAACAGUUUCUACCGACCAGUUGUCGUUUUCCCAUGAAUUUCAGAGUCGAUACGAUGAUGUCAACAGCUGGAAACUCGACGUAGACGAAGAUUCGAAGCGCUGGGAAGAGACAUAUUCUACGCUUGCGCUACCAAUUGAGGAGACAUUGGAGCUAUUUCACCACCAAAACACAGGUUCAUUUACCUUGAAUCUUUGA